UCCUCUCCAGAAUUCUGGCUCUGCAAGACAACUUCUUGUUGCAGUUCAAAAUGGAUGCCAGCAGUCAAGAGGAGAGAAAGAGAGACUUUGAGAAGAUCUUUGCACAUUAUGAUAUUAGUAAGACUGGAGCACUUGAAGGACCAGAGGUGGACGGUUUUGUCAAAGACAUGACGGAGCUCGUCAGGCCCAGUAUCAGAGGUGUUGAUCUGGAUAAAUUGCGUGAGGUUCUGCUGCGCCACUGUGAUGUGAAUAAAGACGGGAAGAUUCAGAAGAGUGAGCUGGCCCUGUGUUUGGGAGUAAAGCUUAAAUCACAUGCACACUGAAGUUCUCAAUUUUACUAUCAGUUGCUACAUUUUAAAGCUGAAUGUGGAAGGUGAAAACAUUGCGUAUUAUCUGUGAAUUGCUUGUUUCUCUGUUUUAAAAAAUGAUUCUGUUAUUUAAAAAGUUAUUCUGAAUUUAUCAUUUAUGGAAAUGUAAUAACUUUAAUGCUCUACUUUUGCAACAAUAAAAGUUAUCUCUGGUAAACAUGUAUGGCCAAAAUAGUGGUGACUUGAAUAUAUAACGCAGUGCAUCUGCUCCUCAUUAAAGGACAUUAAAGGAUUUAGUUUCAUGUCUUGUCUUUUUACAAUAAAUAAAUCAUUAAAUAAACC